GAUGGGGUGGGAGAUGGAGGGAUCAGAUGACAGUUCCCCCAGCCUGGGGCGGUUGUGGGGUAGGCGAGUCCACUGAGCAGCCAGGGAAGGGCCGUGUUGCAGUGUCACCAUUCUCACGGAUGGAUCACAAGUCACCGGAUUUGGGCGCCUGCAGCAGGAACUGCUGUGAUGGUGCAAGAGGCUGGAUCUCCCAAAUGUCAGGGCUGGGUACAUGGGUAGAACUGGGCAGGAACCUUAGGGCUGAGGAUGCAGACCAGCCCUGCCUUCAUGUCUGGUCUGGAGCAGAGAGAGGGUCCCGGGGCAGCAAGAGGCAGGGGAGAGGGAAGUUGAGAAAGUGGUGAUGUGGGAGCCAGUCAGAGGAGAAGCCCUGGGGCAGUGGCUGGUAUGUUAGAUUAAUAGCUUGCAAGGCCAGAAUGUGAUCGUCUAGUCUGACCCCUCUAUAGCACAGGCCACAACCCUGUCCUACAAUAAUUCCUAGAGCAGAUAUUUGAGAAGAACGUCCAAUCUUGAUUUAAAAAUCAUCAGUGAUGGAGAAUCCACCACAACCCUUGCUAAAUUAUUCCAAUGGUUACUUACUCCCACUGUUAAAAAUUUACCCCUUAUUUCCAGUCUGAAUUUCUCUAGCUUCAACUUCCAACCAUCAGAUCAUGUUAUGUCUUUUUCUGCUCGAUUGAAGAGCCCAUUAGUAAAUACUUUUCCCCUGUGGAGGUACUUUAUAGACUGUGAUCAAGUCAACCCUUAACCUUCUCUUGGUUAAGCUAAAUAGAUUUAGAUCCUUGAGUGCUGGUGCCGGGUGAAGACAGUAAUAGGAAAUGGAUGGCAGUUCCCUUAUCGUAGAGGUGAGGGAUGCUAAGCGGGGUCUCCAUCCGAUCAGGCAAAGAGAGGCGUGCAUUUCUGAGUGCAUUAAAGGUUGACUUUUCAACCUGAAAUUGUCGCAUACAUUGGCAAAGGAAUAGAAUCGGACUAAAAAACAUGAUUUGAUUUUUUUUUUAAGAAAACAUGAUUUCUUGGGCCAGUUUCAUGAUUCUUGAGGGUCUGACGCAUGAUUUUUGAUCUCUUGAGGUGAGACCCUUUCCUGUUGGUGGGUUCUCUCACCUGCAGGCUCCAAUGCCUGUCCAGCAGAGGAAAGUGAAGGGCACUCCAUCUGACAUAAAUGUCAUCUACAAGUCCAAGGAUGAAGGGAGAGCCAACGCACAAGCCGGACAAGCUGCUGUCAUUGCAGCAUCUCCCAGUGCAUCUCCAUGGUGGCUCUCUGCCAUCAUCCUUGGACCCAUCUGCCUGAUCUUGCUGAUUCUGGUGAUCGUGAUGGCUCAACAGGUGUACAAGCUGUCCCGGAAAUCAGAGCAACAGCUGGAGGUCACUAAAAUGGAAAACAUAGUCCUCUUGGAUACUCUGCAGCAGCUGACAACUGGCAAGGAGGACAACUGCAGCAUGUGUGAGGUGGACUGGGACCAGCAGGGAGCCAGCUGUUACUCCUUUUCUAAGAAUGCGAAAUCCUGGCAUAACAGCUUAGAUGCUUGUACUGCAAUGUCAGCCAGUCUGGUGAAGAUAGACACGAAGAAGGAGCUGGCGUUCUUGAAAAAUGAGAUCUCCAAACGCGUGUACGUGCGCCGGGGACAGCAGUUCAACUUCAAUUUCUGGACAGGGCUGAACUACGACAACGACAUCGGGAACUGGACGUGGGCUGAUGGCUCCCCUUUCUCCUUCCAGCUAGCUGAAGAAGAGCUCUGAGUGGCUCGAAAGCUCAUCUUGCUCACCAACAGACGUUGGUCCAAUAAAAGAUUUUACCUCACUCACCUUGUCCCUGCUGGACACAGAGACACACCUGGUGAUGGGAGCCAUAUAAGAACCAACCAUUAGCAAAAUGGCAACAUGGGCCAGACUCUGCAGUGCCUGGCCCCAUGUGUCAGGCAAAGUGGGUGUUAAAUACGUUCGGAUUUGGUUUUCCUCCCACUUUGCAGAGGUGUUAGUGAUGACCCAGAUGCCGGGCAGGGAAGACUCACCCGGGGUUGUCAAUCUGACCCCGUCUCAUUUAUGCACUAUGGUAAAUGCACUUUGAAGACAAUUCUUACCAAGGCAGCCGAACAGGGGUAAAUGCCCCAGCCUGUGGCUGUCCCCCCAGGGCUGGCAGUGAGAUGGGGCUUGUGCUUGGCAGGUUCCAGGUCCCGGGAACUGAAGGCUGCGCAUACAUACAGAAGGGGGAAAUCCGCCUGCAGAGCUGCGCCAAAUGGGAGGUUUAUAUCUGCGAGAAGCCAGCCAAGUUUGGAGGGAACUGAGAAGCAGGGCAGGUGCAGCAGAAGGAGUGGCCUCAGGGCCUCUGCAGAUCUUCCCCAUCCUGGCACCAUGUGGGUGUCACGCUCAGACUGUUCAUCACAACUGCACUGAGCCCAGUGGGGACACCUGAACAGGAGCCUGCUGCCAAGUUCUCCCUGUUGACGUUAAUUAAAGGUGUGUUUACAAUAGCUGUAAGUUGCUCAGUUAUUGACUGUGCUUGAGGCAAUAAAUAAAAUGCUGAUUUUAAAAGGCCAAA